GGUACGCGAAUGGAGGCAGUUGAUGUUUCCGAGCCGAAACAAUCGAGUCUGAAAUAAAUGAACGACAGUUAAAAAAAAGCCCGUGAUUGUUUAUCUUCUGUUAGAGCGCGUCAGACCUCAAAUACCCGUGCAGCUGUGUCGGUGGAGGCCGUGUGUGUGUGUGUGUGUGUGUUUCAGGAUUUCGUGUUUGUUGAUCUGCUGUUAGAGGCCCGGAUUCACUCUCUUUAACAAGCAGGGAAUAUGAGACAGAUGCCACAAUGACGUCUAGAUUUGGAAAAACAUAUAGCCGAAGGACAGGAGAUGGGACCUCCAAGUUUGACGAGGUGUUGUCCAAUAAAAGGGCGACGCUCAGCACCAAAUGGGGUGAGACGAAAGCCAAGGUGGGAGCGAAGAGACCUGGCUUGAUGACUGAUGUCUCCGAUCAGACCAAGGUGUCCAAGGUACAGGAAGGUGACUGCUCAGAGGAUCCUUUCGGGUUUGACAGUGACGAUGAGUCUAGACCGGUCACAUCUCGUAGUGUGUCCCAGUCCAAGGCCAAGGUGACGUCCACAGGGGGUUUCCAGGCCAGCAUGACCCUGGAGCCCAACAGCAGGGUGAACCAGCCCGCCAGUGUGGAGGCCGUGGCUCCCAGCAGAGUCCCGUUCACUCUCAGCACUGACAGAAGUGCUCACAAAGUGCCAGAGGAUCCUGGGAAGUUCUUCAACACUUCUACUACUGGAAAUACCCCGAGUUGGUCCAUGGAGAGCACAGACCACCACAGCUACUCAUGGUACAAAAACCCUUCUGAAAGUGACACGAGACCUUUAGCUCAGACCGCCACAUUAAAGUCUGAGAAAACAGAGGACAAGGAUUCCUAUGAUGCCUGGAGUGCUGUUGUAGGUCUUGGGGCAUGUUCCACAUCCCUUUUCACCGGCCCCAAAAACCCUUCAUCUACCAUGUGGGCGUCCAGUAGUUACAGUCUCAGCAGCAUUCAGGACAAAACUGCCACAGAGACUCCGUUAGAAGAGCUUAGCCAAGGGGACUUUAAGGUUCCCGUAGAGCCGUCUGAAAGCGAGGACCACUCACAAUCGCUGCUCAGGGCCUCCAACUGCAGAACGUACUGCAGACCCAGUAAAAGCAAGCAGCCUGGAGGAGCCGAUGGCAGUGGAAGCGCCUCCGAUUGUGGCUCUGUGGGAGUGUUGCACAACAGUGGGGCUGAGAGCGCUGUUGAGAUGAUGUCAAACAGAGGUCGUACAAGAGACUACACUGUGCUCAACCCGUCCUGUGUGUCGAUGUUUAACGUCACCUUCCAAGGCUCCAUGGACCGCAGUAUAGAGGAGUACACAGCCAGCGCCACAGCUGCUGACCCGGCAGAUGCAGGAAGACUGAAGAAGAAAGCAGAGAUGGAGAGCAAACCUCUCAGUCGAUCCAGACCCAAACAGAGGAAAGUGAAGAGCAGUAAACUGGAGCUCUUUGGGUUUGAUGAUGCCGACGCUCUAGUCGAGGAUGACGACAACUGUGCUUCCGGAAGCUCCAACUACAGGAUCAAAUACUUCGGCUUUGAUGACCUGAGUGAAAGCGACAGUGAAGAUGAAGAGGGUUCCUCUGAAAGGAGGAAGGCCAAGAGGAAGGCUGCUGCGGGCGUAGUGGGUCCAUUGAUUUCUAUAGAGACGAAUAUGGACAGUUCUCCACCCAGAGAGACACAGAGCAGACACACAACAACUCAUGGCCACAGUCUCAAACAUGCUUCAUAUCCUCUGGAGUUCCCAGAGGUCCAUUUCCCCUCCCUGUCCGAGACAGUGAGGAAACCUCAGGUCAAAGCUCAGGAGAAAGCCAAGGACAGCAGCAGGAAGAUCUUCAGUGGACCCAAGAAGACCGGAAGAACUGUGGUUCCAGGAAGGCACAUAUUAAAGUCUCCUACUAAAGCUGUGUAUAAUGCGAGACACUGGAAUCAUCCAGAGCCAGAAGAUCUGCUUCCUCCACCUCCAUCAGGAUCUAAAGCUCCUCCAGCCGCUUCAUCAGGAGACAAUAAAGAGUCAAACUCACACAAGGAUGAUGGUGUGUUCAAAGCUCCGGCCCCUCCUCCCAAAGUCAUCAAGUCUGUCACUAUCCCCACAGAGCCUUACCAGGACAUGGUCACAGCGCUCAAAUGUAGGAAAGAACACAAGGAGUUAUAUACUGUUGUCCAGCAUGUGAAGCACUUCAAUGAUGUGGUGGAGUUCGGGGAGAAUCAGGAGUUCACUGACGACUUUGAGUAUCUUGCCACUGGUCUGAAGACUGGUCAACCCCUCAACACACGCUGCCUUAGUGUUAUUAGUUUGGCCACGCGGUGUGCCAUGCCCAGUUUCAGGAUGCACUUGAGGGCUGCUGGGAAAGUGGCUAAUGUCUUUAAAACUCUCAGUGAUGCACCUCAACACACGAAUCUAGCUCUGUGUACAGCCUCUCUGAUGUACAUUCUCAGCAGAGACCGCUUGAACAUGGACCUGGAUCGAGCCAGUCUUGAUCUAAUGAUCCGGUUACUGGAGUUAGAACAGGACAAAUACACAGCUGAUCAGCUGACAGCGAAAGAGAUGAACAAAGUGAAAGAAAAGAUUCGCAAACUCUGUGAGACGGUUCACAAUAAGCAUCUGGACUUGGAGAACAUCACGACGGGACAUUUAGCCAUGGAGACGUUGUUAUCACUGACGUCGAAGAGAGCGGGUGACUGGUUUAAAGAAGAACUCAGGCUUCUGGGAGGCCUGGAUCACAUUGUAGAUAAAGUGAAAGAGUGUGUGGAGAAUCUGAGUCAAGAGGAUGAUAAGGAGAAUCUAGUGGCGUCGUUAUGGGGAGCUGAGAGAUGUCUGCGUGUACUAGAGAGUGUAUCCGUUCACAAUCCAGAAAACCAGGGCUACUUGAUCGCCUACAAGGACUCCCAACUCAUAGUGUCAUCAGCAAAGGCGUUGCGUCACUGUGAAGAGAUGAUUCAGAGGUACAGUCGUGAAGUAAACAGAGGUCUGUGUUCAUCAGGAACGCCACUGCCAUACUGCAGCAACAGUAAUGUGGGGAAAGCUGUAGAAGAUUGUAUGAGAGCAAUCAUCGGAGUCCUGCUAAACCUCACACAUGACAACGAAUGGGGCAGCACAAAGACGGGCGAGCAGGACGAGUUCCUCAACACUGCUCUGAACUGUGUGCUCAGGGUCCCGCAGUACCUGCGGCAGGAGCAGAGGUUUGACAUCAGAGUCCUGGGUCUGGGUCUGCUCAUUAAUCUGGUGGAGUACAGUGCGAGGAACAGACACUGUCUGGUGGAGCUGCAGAUGGAGGGAACUGAAGUCUGGGACUCCAUGUGUGUGUCUGAUAAAGACGAGCUGAAGACUGAAGGUUCUCCCAGUGCCAUCGCUGCUCUUGUGAAGCUUUUCCUGCAACGUGAGCAUGCGGCCGUGUUGGCAGAGGCGGAGACUGAUGACUUCAUCAAUGAUGUACCCAAACCCAAGUUGGACCAAAGUGGAGAGUGGCAGGAGACCAAUGAGGAGAUCCAGUGGGUGGCAUCAGAAAACAACAGCACAGAAGAUAAGAAGAAAGAAGAAGAAGAGGAGGAUGAAGAACUAGAUCUUAAUAAAGCUCUUCAGCAUGCUGGCAAGCACAUGGAGGACAGUAUUGUGGCAUCGUACACUGCACUGCUUUUGGGCUGUCUCUGCCAGGGGAGCCCUAUGAAUGUGACUACUGUGAGGGAAAACCUGCCAAAAGGGGAUUUUUCAGUCUUGACAGAAAUGCUCAAGAAGUUCUUGAAUUUCAUGAACCUUACAUGUGAUGUGGGCACUGCGGGUCAGAAGUCAAUCUCCAGAGUCAUUGAUUAUCUGGAACACUGCUAGUGUGACCAUGGAGAUUCAUACACAGACUUCAGCACACAGCAUCAUCAUCAUCAUCAUCAACCAGUAUCUUCAUUACUCCGACUUGACAGAAUGAAGCGUCAAGCACAUCAUACACUGAACUUCAUUAAAGAAGCUCUAUUGAUUUUGAGUUUCUUCUUCAAGUGUUCUUUAUCGUUGCAUUGAGUGAUGGAGAAUCGUGUCACUUCUAAAGUCCUCCUUUACACCUCUUCUGAACUGUCGCCGUAUAUUUUCACUUUCACAGCUUUGAUCAAACUUUGUUAAAAGCUGCUCCCUCCCUUCUGUUUUUCUUGUUAUUCCACUAUAAAGUCUGUCAAUUUCCGAUUGCUCAACACUGACCCCAAAGAUUGGAGGGUGAAUCUAAAACACCAUUCAAGAUUCUGGUUCUCUUUGAAAUAGCAGAAAGACCUGCCCUCCUGGUUCAAAUCCAUUCUCCACUUCAGUAUGUGCUCCUUUUGUGUUGCAGAAGUUCAUUUUUAAUCCAUAGUGCCGUGUCAGAGGUCUCCAAUUGAAUAAAUUACGUCUCUCUUUAUUUCACGAGGGAGGAGAGGGAUGAAACGUUUUUAGAAUGUUUUAGUAGUCGUGACACAAGCGUUUGUGGCAAUUGCCGUAAUGGUGGCAGUGGUAAUUGUGGAGGUAAAGUCGUUAACGACUCUCAUUUUCAAACCUUAGUGGCCCAAAACUGCCAUUUAAAAACCAUUUGGAAAAUGCUUUUGAAUAAUGCGCGAUACACAAGGAUUAAUUCGAAUCUUUUCUGACCACAGUGAAUUUGAAUACAUUAAUAGGUGUUUUAAAGCCAGGAAAUCUUUUGGGUGUGGGUCAUGUUUAGAUCGUAACCAAGUUUAUUUCAGUUAGGGUGAACACUGCAGCAGGACACCAUUUAAAGGUUGCAACAAACCUCGCAUCAAUAUGUUCACUCCACUUUUAACUAGUUUCUGGAGGGUGUCAAACUAAAACUAUACAUGAUCCAUUUUGAGUGCAAGACUGAAAGGAAUAUUCCGGUUCAGUACAAGUUAUGUUCAAUGGACAGCAUUUUUUGUCAUAAUAUGGAUUACACAGAAAUCUUUAAAAAAACCCAAAUGUGUGUUCCAGUGAGACACUUCCAAUGGAAGUCAAUGGGGUUUAAUCUGUAAACAUUAACAUACUGUUUCAAAAGACACAAACAAUAUGUGUGUAAACAUGAUUUUACUGUCAUUAAAUCACUUACUAACCGCAUCAGCGUGAAGAUAUAGCAGAUUCAUAUUGUUUGUGUCUUUUGAAACAGAUUAAACCCCAUUGACUUCCAUUGGAAGUGUCUCACUGGAACACACAUUUGGGCUUUUUUAAAGAAAAGGAGGAACGAGUUCAAAUUAUUUUCUGUGUUAAUAUUAUGACACAAAUGCUGUCCAUUGAACAUAACUUGUACUGAACCCGGAAUAUUCCUUUAAACACUUGACUUACGCUGUUGAGGCCAGUAGAUUUCAGUUUUGACCCAGACGUUUUCUUCAUAUGUUUGUUUCAUGAGUGUUCUAAUGAGUUUCAUUUGGUGUCAAAUGUUCAGACAUUUGCUGCUGUUGGUAAAAUCCUUAAAUGUGCAUAGACUUAAGUAAAGUUGCUGUUCUUCAAUGUGCACAAUGCUCAUCACAAGGUGGUAAAACAAGCUGUUUUUUUUGUUUUUUUUUUACUUUGUAUCAUUUUUGGGUUUUAUGUGUAUUUCUAGGGGUCAUUUUUUUCCUCACAGCUAAACGGCUGGUUUUCACCCCGUCACACAAAACAUCAGUCAUGAUGGGUAUUUUCUCUGUGGGGUCAUGGGCUGAUUCAGGUCGCUGUGUGUGUGAGCUCCAAAUGUUACUGCAGGAUUGAAUUCACACGCUGGACAUGAAUGAAGCAACAUGAACUGUAAAUACUCAUGUAAAUAUUGUGCUGUUGGAGAACUUGAUAGACUAAUUUUCUGAAUCCAAUCUUUUUUAUUUUAUACCGCAUUUUUCUCAGUUGUGUUUUUUGAGGUAAGAUUAAAGAGUUAUCAAAAAGCCAGCUGCAGGAACAUUUGUACCAAUUUCAGAAAUAAUGUCUUUGGUUACUUGUACAUAAUUUUAUCUCGAAUAAAAAUGGCUA